UCAAAAUGAUUUCUUUUAUUACAGCCACCAAAUCUAUUUCAUGGAGUUUAAGUAGAUAUAUGUAGGCAUGAUGCAAACAUAACAGUAACAGUAAUGGCGACAAUAACACAGGCAGUUACCAUUUAUUUAUUGUGUAGUACCUAUGUGGUAUCAUGUUGAGAGCUUUGAAUAGGUUGUUACUAAGCACAUUUUCAAAGAAGGAAGUAUUAUUGUUCCCAUGAUAUAAAGGUGAAAACCGAGGUUUAAAGAGAUUAUCGUUAAUUAUUUAAUUCAUGUUACCAAUUUAAUGAAACUAGAAUCCAAGUUUGAGCAACUGUAUUCAACACACACCUUUAAGGUGUUAUUUCAAAUCCAGUAAAGAAGCAGUCUCUCAUCUAUAUGCAGAAAUAAUUUUUACCUGUUAGUUCUGUUUUAUUACCCAAGAAAGCAAAAUGAUUAAACUAUAGUAAGAAAUAAAAGAUGCAGAUAUGUGGUUUCUUUCAAAAGGUAGAUUUUAGAAUCACUUUCUCUAAUAUGUAAGUACAAUCCUCUCCAAUUAGUUUUUUUCAGUCUUUAUAGGGUUUAUUUUGGCAUAUAUACUCAUGAAAACUUGUGUUUUACAAUGGGGUAGUCUCCUCUUUUAUAGUCAUCCUCAAAACUUGAGGAACUCCUAGAGCGUUAAAUGUCAUAUGCAUCAAAGCAACUACUAAAGUUGUCCAAGUAAUUUUUUUUCCUACAGAACCUCAAUGCUAUAAACACAUUGCCUAUCUGUCUUCUUAGCAUUCUACAAGAAGUUAUUGCCAUUAUUAGACUUCACGGAAAGUGGAUUCAAGAAUCUACAGAGGUAGAUGAGAAAAACCCCAGUGCUUUCUUUUCACUUUUUCUCUUCAAAGUCCUUCUUGCAACUCAUCAGUAAGAAGCGAGCAGUUUGCUGUGCCUUCCACCGAAAGGGCAUUGUAAUUCAAAUCCACUCAGUGCUGCCUUGCUUGGGCAAUUUGUUAGCCAAGCUUACAUAGUAUACUGUGCACCUAUUUUAAUGAUAUAGCACAUUAACAGAAAUUUCACUCACUUAAAGCCAUGUUUACUAACAGAGCCUUAGCACCUCCCCAAAAACUCUCAAAGACAAGUUUCACACGUUGAAAUUGUCUGAACAAGUAAUUGAUACAUACAGCUUAAGCUGUUUUUUCAAAUUAAGGUCUUUGCAGAGUUUUAAAAUUACACUAAAAAAAAAAAUGUUGGUAGAAAUGAUGGAUUGUGCAGAAAACAUUCAAGGUCACAAGAUGCCCAUUCAAUUCUUGCUACAACAUGAGAGAGGUAGCCAGGCUGAUUUCUAGCUAGAUUUUUCCUAGAAUUUUCUUGAGGGAAUGCUGGAAACUUUAUUACAGAAGAUGGGAAAGUUAUCAAGUGCCAGGAAAAUCAGGAGGUCAAUACAGAUGAGAGGUGCCUAAAGUGUGAAUCAGUAAGUUUGUGGAAUCUAUGCUGACUUAUGUAAUUUUUUUUUUAGAGCCCCUUAAGAUAAGAAAAUAACACGGAGGUAAGAGGAAAAAAAAAAACCAACAAAAAACCAAAACAGCCCAAGAGGUGAGACACAGUCAUUUUGAUGGGGGGUGGGGGGGUGGGUGUCUAACUACACAAUGAGGUCAUCCUAUCUCCCGGAAGUGACAAGUAAUCACCUGCUUUGCACUAGCUCCGCCCCUUCCCUCAGAGGUCCCGCCCCUCCGCCAGAAGCCGGCCGGGUGUUAGGGGGCGUUUCUCCCAGAGCAAAGCUGAGAGCUGCGACGCAGAGGAAGGGGACCCCAAAACGUCUGGCACUGCCUCCUCCAGAGAACACUUUGGACCGCCUCACUCAGCCCAGCGGGAUUCUGAAACGCCGAGGGGUCAACCUGAUGGGUUUCGGGGUCAACGGAAGAGGGGAAGGGGAGCCCUGGCGGGGAGAACCCCCCGGUCCCCCGCCCAGCAGCUGAGGCACAGGAGGGCGGCCAUCUUGGCCGGCAGGGUAGGGCCAGGAGGCUGCGGGCGCCGUGCGAUUGGGGGGCUCGCCCGGAAGUGACGCCACCCGCCCGGAAGCGGAGGGGGUUCCCUGGCCCACUCCCCCCGUUCGUCUGCUCCCCCGCUUCCUCCCCGCCCCCCUUCCUCUCCAUUCGUUCCCCCCCUCCCCGGUCCCUGCCUUCUCCCCCCCACCCGUCCCUCCCCCCCCAACCUCCGGAGCUGGGAAGAGAGUCAAGAUGGCGGCGAAAUCCGAUGGCGGUGGCGUGGGGGUGGGCUUCGCCCAGCUGCACAACCUGGACGAGGCGGUGGGCAGCGGCGAGGAGGACGGGGAGCCCGGGGGAGGCGGCUGCGGCGGCGGCGACGGCAGCGAGCCCGGCGAGAGCAGCUCGCUGCACAUCUGCCACUGCUGCAACACCUCCUCGUGCUACUGGGGCUGCCGCUCCGCCUGCCUGCGCUCGCUGCUGGGCAAGAAGCCGCGCCGCAGCGCCGCCGCCGCCGACGGGGGGGACCAGCCUCUGCAGCCGCCCGGGGCCGCCGGCCGCCACCCCCCGACGCCCUCGGCCGGCCGACCGCAGCCCGCGUCGCCGCAGGUGGAGCGGCCGUGGCUCGACUGCCUGUGGAUCGUGCUAGCGCUGCUGGUGUUCUUCGGGGACGUGGGUACCGACCUGUGGCUGGCCCUCGACUACUACCGCAAGGGGGACUACGGCUGCUUCGGGCUGACCCUGUUCUUCGUGCUGGUGCCGUCGCUGCUGGUGCAGAGCCUGAGCUUCCGCUGGUUCGUGCAGGACUACACGGGCGGCGGGCUGGGCGCCGUGGAGGGGCUCAGCAGCCGGGGACCCCCAAUGAUGGGGGCCGGCUACGGCCACGGCGCGGCCCGCGGCGGCCCGGGUGCGGGGGGCUCGGCCACCCCGGGGGCGCAGCGUCUGUGCCGCCUCUCCGUGUGGAUCUGGCAGUCGGUCAUCCACCUGCUGCAGAUGGGGCAGGUGUGGAGGUAUAUCCGCACCAUGUACCUGGGGAUUCAGAGCCAGCGGCAGAAGGAACACCAGCGACGCUUCUACUGGGCUAUGAUGUACGAAUAUGCAGAUGUCAACAUGCUGCGCCUCCUGGAGACCUUUCUGGAGAGCGCCCCCCAACUGGUGCUACAGCUCUGCAUAAUGAUCCAGAAGAACAGCGCAGAGAUGCUGCCCUGUGUCUCCUCUGUGACUUCCCUGAUGUCCCUGGCUUGGGUGCUAGCCUCCUAUCACAAGCUUCUGCGGGACUCCAGGGACGACAAGAAGAGCAUGAGUUACAGAGGGGCCCUCAUCCACCUCUUCUGGCGCCUCUUCACCAUCUCAUCCCGAGUUAUCUCUUUCGCCCUCUUUGCUUCCAUCUUCCAGCUGUAUUUCGGGAUCUUCGUGGUGGUGCAUUGGUGCGCCAUGGCCUUCUGGAUCAUCCAUGGAGGGACAGACUUCUGCAUGUCCAAGUGGGAGGAGAUCCUCUUCAACAUGGUGGUAGGGAUCGUGUACAUUUUCUGCUGGUUUAACGUCAAGGAAGGGCGGACUCGAUACCGAAUGUUCGCAUACUAUACAAUAGUCUUGACCGAGAAUGCUGCCUUGACGUUCCUUUGGUAUUUUUACAGAAACCCGGAGAGCACUGACUCUUAUGCCGUUCCAGCACUGUGUUGUGUCUUCGUUAGCUUUGUGGCUGGGAUUGCGCUCAUGCUCUUAUACUAUGGCGUGUUGCAUCCCAUGGGGCCGCGGGCUAAGGUCUUUGCCAGCUCCUGUUGUGCCGAGCUGCUCUGGGGCAUCCCUUUGCCCCCCGAUGUUGAGCCUAUGGCACCUCAGACCCCUGGGUACCGGGGAACCCAGGUCACUCCCACCAGAGCCGUGACGGAACAGCAGGAGGACCUCACGGCUGACACUUGCCUGCCUGUAUUCCAAGUGAGACCCAUGGGGCCCUCCACCCCGUCAGGGCGUCCUUACCACCCAGAAGGGCCCCUGAUUAAGAUUGACAUGCCAAGAAAGCGGUACCCAGCCUGGGAUGCGCACUUUGUAGACAGGAGGCUGCGGAGGACUAUUAACAUCCUGCAGUACGUCACCCCCACCGCAGUGGGCAUUCGCUACCGAGAUGGGCCUCUGCUCUAUGAGCUGCUGCAGUAUGAGUCUUCACUCUAGAACACCUUGACCCAGAUUGAGAAGGGGACCUUAAGUUUGGUUGCGGUCAACGCCGCCUGCAAGAAAUAUAACCCUCCCUUCCCCCAAUACACAGAACCACCACCACCGCCACCAACACCAACACCACCAACAACACCACCACCAACACUACAAAAUGAUCAAUAAGUCACAUCCCCUUCAGAUAAGCUUUCUUUCCAGUCACUAUAUGUACACAAAGAUAUUCUCUAUGUUUUGUAAGUAAAAACAAAAAGAAAACCUUCCUUUUGUUUUUUACACAUAAGAAACAGUAUUGAAAAAAAAUAAUCCCACACUACAGUUCCUAGGGUGGAGAAGGGGGAGCUACCUCCUCUCCAAAAGAAACAAAAAAAGUUUUCUACUUUACACCAAGUGUAGAUCAUUUAUGGGAUUGGUGCUGAUUGAGAGAACAAAACAAAACAAACAAAACAAAACAACAAACGAAAACCUUCAACUGCCUUACGCCCUUAGGUGCUGAGUUUCUUUUGGUACUGUCAUGUUUUCUCACACGAAGCUCUCUGGUAACUUUUGCACCAGGAGAGAAAAAAAUCAAAUAAUCAAAUGAAACAAAAUCUACCAACAAAGCAAACGAAUUAAAACAACAACCAGAUACCAUACCAAAACAGUCCUUCCUAUCUAAUGAUUUGUAUUGAAACAAACAAACAAACAAAUUGACCAAAAGCAACGGCAUAGAAACCCCUCUCUUUAUUCAGUCUCUCUGGCCCCUUCCCCAUUUUUGCAAAGCCUUCCAGAAGCUAAAGGGCUACUUGGAUCUCCACUGGCCGGAAAAGCUACUCGAAGGCUGACUAUGUGCCAUUUUUACAUUUGCCUAGCAAGAAUUGCAUUGUUUUCCCAUAAAGACAAAAAACAAGAAUGAAACCCCCAAACACCCAAUUUGGUAAAUUCUAAAAGCAGAUCAAAGGAAAUGUCCAUAAACACUAUCAAAGAGAAUCCGUAAUGAUAAAACUCAGCAUGGUAGCAAAAAGAAUGACAUCAAUUUAAAGGCACAAUACUUAGUCCGUGACUGGUGACAAUGAUCUCUUCCAUCACUUUAAGGCUGAGAAGGGUGUGUGUGUGUCAUGUGUGACAGUGUGGGAGGCCUCUUCUCUUUUCAUUUGGUGGGAAGCCUUAAAUUGAUCUGGAAAGAAUUUUUCAUUUUUCAUUUGUGCUUUUGAAAAACAACAUAAAGAGGAACACUAGAAUAUCUAUCUCUCUCUCUCUAUAUAUAUAUAUAAAAAAAAAAGUCAAAUCGUAUUAACCAACCCAUUUCACAGACUGGUGCUUCUGUCAAUGUGGUUGGCUGAGACUCAUUCAGCCUGGUGCAUUUGGGGUGAGUGGACUCUGUGUGUGUGUGUGUGUGUGUGUGUGUGUGUGUGUGUGUGUGUGUACACCUGCUGCAAGGUCUUGCCAGAAAUACACAAAAUUGCUCUGAGGCAGCUGCUGUGGUAACUGGGAGAGGGAAUGGGGAGGGGCUGGACUGAGAGGUGGAGUGAGUGGCAUCUGGAUGUGGCCAUCCACCUGGAGAGCAAGUCCCCACCCAGCGGCAGAGGCUGUUCUUUCAGGCCCUGUGGCUUCGGGGAGGAUUUGAAUCCACUGUUUAUGUUCUCACUAUACCAAGGUGAAUUUCUGGAGGUGUCACAAGUAUGUCUGACCAUUUGUAAAAUUUUUCAUUUGUUUUUUAGAAGGUACUGUUCCUUUAAAGAGUAUUUCUGUUUUAGGGUAUUAUUUUGAUACCAUUCUAUCUCUACUUGGGCGUACAAAAAAAAAUGAAAGAAAAGAAAAAAGAAAAUUAACCAUAAAAAGAAAAAUAUCUCCGCAAAAGAUAUAUAUGUGUAAAUAUAUAUAUAUCUAUAUAUACAUACACAGUAUUUUUAAGUCCAUACUGUUAGUCUUUGUCAUCUGUGGGUGUGAUUGCCUUUUAAUUCUGGAUGUAACUGUUCAGGGUGCAAGACCUCACACUGAGCUAUACUUAAGAGAAGUUCAAAAACUGAGGAAUUUUUUUUUUACUUUUGAUGAAUUUUUAAAAUUUUAUUUUAAAUAACUAUUCAAAAGAAGUCCCUUCUUGUCACCCCUUCAUGGUUUAUCCCAAUCUUCUCCCCGACCCUUAAACCUUUAAACAUAUAUUAGAUGUGAAACUAAAUGCUCCCUCCUUUGUCCCACCGCCUUAUCUCAUGUGUUUCCACAACUCUGCAGGCCCUCCCUAAUAUGAGGUCUCAGGGGGGGCCUACCUGGUCCCUGCUCUGGGAAGCAGGAUACAACAGAGCACACUUGGGCUGAGGUGAAGACCAGCUGGGCUGCCUCUGCCUGGCAGGGAGCGAGCCAGGCAAAGAGGGACGCUUGGAACUGUGUGAGAGAGAACAGUGACCAAAGGGAGCUCCCUACAAGACCUGUUCACUCUGUCCUUCUGCACCUGCUGGGGCUCUGUCCCCAAGCUCCAGCCCAUGCUCUGCUCAGCCUGGGGAAGAAGAGUCCAUUUGUGGGGUGGCAGGGCAUUCCUUUGGCCAGCUCCGAUCCCAGCUCUUGUUUGUCCCAGGUCUGGGGCUCUGUGUGCUACUGGAAUAGCUUCCUUGAAGCUGUGCAGUGCCACACGUGCGCUCCGGACCUCUGCCACGACAUUUGUUCGUCUAGUCCUAGACGUGUCCCCAUUGUUGCUCUUGCUCUUUGAUCCUACCAUUGGCUUCAGUCUGCCGCCUCUGUGUGACCACUCUAUCUUUAGCACACAUGCUUAAGCACAUGUGUUCAUGUUUACAUGAAACUUAGACAUUGUGGGUGUUGGCUGGGGGCAUCCAAAGUUGGGAAAACAGUUUCUGCAAGCCUCCCCUCCACCCCUCCACCUCCCCUCCACCGCCCAAGCUUGGGCGGAUCUACCUUGGGAAUCUUCAGGUCUCUCAAGGACAUGAGAGGGGAAGUUAAGGGGAUCUAAACCCAUCAAACCUGCUCCCAUUGACUCCUUUGCCCCAACAUUUCUGAUCUCUCAAACAUAGUCUAUCUCUACAAAGUAGCCCCCUGCAGGUCAGACUUGUCUCAUAAUUGGAACCAGCGAUGUUAGGAGGAAUACACAAAGCCCAAGUAGAUUAGGGGCCAGGAGACAGCAGGCUCCAUCUUCCCUAAGUGUCCUAAUCAAAGGAAGAGACAUCCCCCCCCCCCAUGGCCUGGAGGACUCUGUAUCCUACUCCAUAGACACAGAAUCACCCAAUUCUUUGUGGCCCCUGUGGCCUCUCAACAGCAGUGGCCCCUGGGUGGCUAAAAGAGGGCAGAUCCUGUCUGGUGCCAAGGACAACUGUCCUGGUCAUAUGCCUUUCAUGCUACAGGCUUCAGACCAAUACAAAUCCAAUUCUCAGAAAAACAUACGGUAUUUUGAAAAGCACCGAGUCACAUCACUUUCUCUAUUCUUCCUCCAGCCUGACCUGUUGUUACCACUGUUUGUCUCCUCCUGAGAAGCUCUGGGAAGGUCAGGUGCCCUUCUUCACUCACAUCUGAGAUCCCUCUGCAAUUCCUCAUAACCCUAAAAGAACUUGUGGUUUCUUUUCCCCUUGUCUAUUCUGUGCCUCACUAACUGGCCUUGAUGCUUCUGGACCUGAGAAAAAUUUUUCUACCCAUUACUUUGGAGCAGAGCAAGAUGGCUGCUGUGUGCAGGUUUGGGCCCCUGGUGUAGAGAAUGAGUCUAGGUGAGAAUAAGGUUAGGGUGUAUCCAGUACUCUGCAGUGCUAAGUCUUGGGCCAGGUGCUUGUGGAUGGUCAUCUUGCAUCUAUUUGUACAGCAACUGGCAAAUACUAAAAUAGCCACACCAGAUUUGGCUGUAAAGGGAAGAGAGGUCAGUAUAAUUCCAAGGAUCCAAGUGGCACUUGGAAAACUGCCAGGGAAAUCUCAGCAUGCCCCAGGGAAUCCUGGGAAAGACAAUCCACAGGAGAAGGAGAGGACUCUGAGGAGUCAACUUCCUCAAGUACCCAACCAGCCUCCCAGGGAGCAGUUCUAGGCACUGCAUAUCAAACACCUGCCGAUUCCUGGGCUCCACUCUUCUCAAGACACAACAUUGUUUCCUGCAAGAAGGAAGCUAGGCUCAGCCUUUGGUCCUUUCAUCAAGGUGCAGCUGGACAUGUGGUGGGCAUGAUGUCCUUACCCUAUCUCCUCUCCUCAAACUGAGCCCUGUCUCAGUUUGGGCAGCCUUCCUUUCACAUCUACAGCCCAGCCUCUGGAAGUUGGCAUUGGUCAUGGUUAUCCAACCACAGGCCACAACAUUAUCAGCGUAUAAGAGCAUCCCAAGUCGACAUGUGCCUGUCUCAACUUUGAAAUGUAUAACAAUGUAAAAGGCAAGCCCAUUUUCUUAUAGGGCUUCUCUAAGCCUUUCCUCAAGGGAAAGGAAGAUGCAGUGACAAAGUUUGCCUCCCCCUCCCCAUCUCUGGCUGUUCUAAAGGUUUCUGUUCUCACUUCGAAUGCUGCAUCUGUUGAUACUGGCUGAAUAUCAGAAGAUAUUGACUUGACCUAGUCCCAGCUUUCUCCUCUGCCCACAUGGCUCUUUCUGCCUUACUCAGCUCCCAUGCAUCAUCUUCUUUCUCUCUGUCCCUUUCUUCGCAGUGACUGGCAGGACACAGCAGGAGUGUUCUGGAGCCAAAGGUCAUGAGUGCUAUUAAUGAUGGCUCCAGAGCAGCAGACAGACUGCCUCUCCAGGAGAUUCUCCUUCUCCAAGCCAGCACCUGUGUCAAGGGCUAAGAAUAGACCACAGGGACAGGAGCAGGCAGCAUCUAGGGAUGCCCACUGCAUGAAGAAAAAUGUGAAUGCCCAAGUAGGAGAUGCUGUCCUGGCUGGUCCCCAGCUGGAGUCCCUAGCUCCCUCCUCAAACUGAAGUCAGUCAACAAUCUAUGUUCGAACCUUCUGGGAGGAUAGCUUCUAGAACAUCACCCUCAAGUCAAGGGAGAAAAAAUAUUUAUGACUUCUCUUUUGGUACAGUGCUGGCUGGUAACUGGGAGAGCACCUGUCUCUAAGUAACCUUUGGCCAUCUGUCACUGCGGAUACAGACGAGCAGUCAGCCAUCUGACUCUGGUCCAUCCUCAAUGUAGCCCUGGGGCCCUCAGGCUUGGAGACUUGUUUUAGCUUCACACUUCCUAGGUGCUCUGCCUAAAGUCAGAAAGAUCAAGAAGGGCCACAGGCUGAUCCAGGGCUCCGCUGUGAUCAUGAAUAACUCACUUCACCCCUUGAUGCCUUGGUUUCUCCAUCAGUAAAGUGGCCGAAGAGCAGGGAUGCUCUGAUGGUUCAGCCAAUGCGGCCCAUGGUGAAGGCAUCUCAUAGGAAGAAGGGUAACCCCACUUCUUGGGAACUAGAAGCAUGGAAAAAGAGGAGGUUUGAGAUACACUCAGCACCCAGAAGCCCAGGAGGGAAGCAAGAACGACAUGUGGACAGGGAGCGAGCCCAGGAAUAGUCAGGUAUAUGACAGCACUGUUAACUCAGUACAGUAGCAUCUGGCCAGGGACAUCUGGUCACAUGACUCCUGCUGGGCAUUUGUCAAUUCUUAAGUCCCAUGAUGUUAGUUUUUUCUGAAAGAUGAAGGAAAAUACAGAGGAGUCUGCUUCUGGAAAUGGAUAUUCACUGAGUGUCUCAUAGACACGGGGUGGGAUGAGCAGAGACGGUUUGGAGAUGGUGUGGGAGGUGGCCAGAAGCUCUUUGGAAAGUCUCUCUUGCCUUUGUUCAAAGCCUUGAGGUUUCCCUUCUCAAAUGGACUCAUCUCCCCCGACCCCCCUGCAGAGGAUGGAAAGCCCAACUCUGCUUUUCCAACACCCAUCUUGUCAGCUACACAUGCUUGUGCACAUGGUGGGUCUUCACCACGCCCUGGUGUGCUUUGCUUGGAGCCUGCAGGCAGAACUGCAGAGAUGCAUGGGGCUGGAGAGUAGCAUGCGGUUGCAGUCCUUUUUUUUCCUUUCCGUAUCUUUUCCUAAAUUGAGAUAUUUUUCUCCCUUACAAUUUGAAUUGAAAAAGUUAAGUUCAAAAUUUCUCUUCCUGUCCCCACCUAUGUUUUUCUUUUUUCUUUUUUUCUUUUUACUAUGGUUUGACUGUUAUCGUUUCAAAUACCAAGAUACACUUGUAACAAGAAAAUGGACCCAUCUUAAGAACAUCACUGUUCUUAGAACCUAACCCAGAGUGAGAGCAGGUGGGAGCCAUGGAGGAUAUGAGCACUCAGGGGUGCUGCCAUGAUACCAAUUCUAAACUGGUUCCAAGGACCAUCUUGCAAAAGAAAGCUAUAGAAGUUCCGGUUCUCAUGAACCAGUCCACCUGGUCCUGGCCAGGUCAAUUCUGGAGUAGAAAUUCUCACCAAAAAUUACAAAAAAGAAAGAAAAGUCACUUUUGGAGACUGCCCCAGAGGAACAGAGUGCUCUCAAGGGCAGGUCUUGGGUACUGCUGCCAAAUUCUUCUGCUCUUGUCCAGGGAGCCCUGGUCUGACUCCAUUCCCACCUGUUCUGAGUCUGGUCUACAAGGUUAAUGCUAUUCGGUGCAAAAAAGGAUCAACCAGCCACACUCUGAACAUCAGUAAUAGCUCCUCGGAGUUUGUCUGAUUGUGUGUAGCAAGGCCAACCCUGCUGGCCUUAUCUGUUCCCACAAGGUAUUUCAGGUGGCAGCCGAAGGGAAGGAAUGCAGAGACCCCCUGCUGCGUCUGUGUGCUCGUCUGUGCUCAUUCUGACUCCUGAAAGGAUCCUGCAGCGUUUGUGAACGGGAACUCAGAGAUGGACGGAGAUGGACGGAGAUGGACGCUCGGAGCCUGGGAGAGCCUCCGUGGAUGGUAGGCAAUAAGGAAGAGGCAGGAUUCCAGAAGUAGACUCAAGGAGAUGGUGUCCAGCUGGUCAGUGCUUCCAAAUCCCCCGGGGGCAGAAGCAGCAAAGUGUAUUCUUUUCAAAUGCAGGAAAUUGAUUUUACAGAGUGACCUCUUUAAGCAUUUUCCUUGUUUUAACAAAAGGGUCAGAGAAAGCAUUUAAAUGAAAGCAUGGUGCUUUCUCACGGACAGAUUGUGUCGUUGGUAAUGAAAAUUGCAAGGCUCUGCCCUUUUGCAAAUGUACCCAAGUCAAGUCACUCUGGGGCCAAUUUCUCUUUCUGUGCCAUGGGAAUAUUGCUUACCUACCUCACAGGGGUGUUGUGAGGAUAAAGCAGUUUAAGGUUGGGUAAAGCACUUUGAGGAUAACAGUGUUAUGGUUACCAAGUUGGCUUUCUCCAUUUUCAGCAUCAAUGGAGCACUGACUGGGUACAAGGUGCUAUAUCCGGGGUGGAAAAGGAUCACGGGCUAAUUCCUUAUUCACUUCCAUUUAAGUAUAUUUUAAAUCAAUAACAGAAUUAUGGAGUUGUCUCAAUGUGGGGCUGUAUUACCGUUCUGCUCCCAGAAAGGCCACUCUCUUUUCAGAGAACUUGAAAAGUGGGGCUCCCUGUCCUCUGGCUUCUGUCAGAGAAUGUGUUCCUGAGAUGACCCCUCCCUUUGUGGGAAGAGGAAGACAGGUAUGAGGUCGCGCACCCUGGGACCAGCACUUAUUGCUGUGGUUCUGUUAUUUCAAUUAGUCCUCCUGGGCUCAGUGUGGCAGCAGGCCUCCUCUCUCUUUACAUACAGAGAGUGAGUCCCCGUGGCCAUCCUGGAACAGCUUCGUACUUUUUGGUUUGUUCGUCUCCUUGGAAAGUCUGGUACUCUGUUUGCUGGAAAGUCUUGGCUUCCCAAGAUGAGGAUCUUUGCCAGAAAAAAAAAAAAGUGCAACUGUCUUGUUUGCUUUUGUAUUUUGGUGGUGGUGGGGGAGGAGAUUUUCAAAUCUCCUGUAGAAGGCCUCAUAUAAAACAAAGCCUGUUUAAAUUUCUCAUUUGUUUUUCCAUGUGCAUUGAGCUCUUCCCUUCCCAACACACGCUAAGGGCCAAAUGUGUCUUCUAACAAACAGCACAUGUUAAGUUGUUCAGGGAGUACCAUGGCACAGGUUCACUUGUUUCUGCAGAGAACCAACGUCUUCCUGAGCUGAGCAAGUAGAAAUUCUAGUCCCAAAUCCAGGAUGCCUGGAAAAUCCUUGGCCUAUUAGCUUUGGGUCUCCCAGUGUCUGCAGAGCUGUAUCCCUGAGUCCUCAGAAACUCUCCUGCCACCAGAGAGCCUCCUUAGAACCUGGUAGGAGGAUCUGCUUUGUCUUAGAACCAGAAUAAAAUCACCCAUUAUUUUUAAAAUUGUCCUAUGGUGCCAGUCUGAAGAAAGGAAAGAAUUACUGUUUUCCUUAGAGAAGGGAGAAGGGACAAGAGAACGGAAAGGUUCUUUGUCUUGAUGAGGACUGGCGAGGUCUGAAGGGAGUUUCCCCAGGCACCUGAGGAGCACUAGAUGAAGGGUCCUUGUGCUUACAAUCCAGAGCCUUUGGCAGGGGCCGCUUCAGUUUUGAGCCUUCUGAGCUUCCAGCUGCUUCACUGUCCUUUCUCAGUGUGGACAAGCACUUCUUACCCCAUGUUGUUGAUUCCAAAAGACCUUCCUCCUGUGCUGCCAGUCCUUAUGUAUGCCUCCUUCUAGCAAUCUCUCCUCCUUCCUCUCACCCCUGUGGUCCUUCUUAACCCCAGAAUCACACGGGACUUAUUACAUCCAACUGUAGACUAUCUUCAGGCCCUGGAAAAAUUGGUAGGAUUUCUGUUGCCAACCCCAACUAUGAGCAAUAUUUCCACUAUCUUUCCUCAUCCACAGAGUGUUUUAUAGAAAAACAAACGUUCAAGAAAACCACUUUCCUAGUAGUUUUAGAGCAAAGCUGCUCCCUGGGGUGUGAGGAAAGAAGUCAGGAGGUGGGUCAUGACCGAUGAGAGUUGAGCCCUGGAGAGGCAGCCAGAACCGCUCUUCACACUCAGCCUGGGCUUCUGCUGUUAAGAAAAUGAUAGCUUUGUUAUAUAAAAAAAAAUCAUAUAUUAAGAAAAGGAAGGAAAGAAGGAAGGGAGAUGGGAGGGAGGGACGGAGGGAGGGGGAGAGUGAGAGGAAGGGGAAGACAGAGGGACAGAGAGAGGGAGAAACAGAAAAUGAUCCCGCCGAGGUCUCCCUAUCAUCUUUUGGUGUCAUCAGGUUGUCACGGUGUUGUUGUUUUUUUUGUUUUGUUUUGUUUUGUUGUUGUCAUUCAAAGCAAAUACAUAUCCCACUCCUUCCCCCAGGUUACAGGAUUUCCUGGCUCAGUGUCUUCCCAAUAGCAAGCUCUGGUACAGGCUUCCUGCCUCACUAGCCCACUCGGUUAUGCUCUGGCUCUUCUUGAGCCUUCUGACUCAAGCCCUCCAUCAGAAGACCAGAAUCUAGUUUGCUCAGAAUGGUGGCAAGCUGGGAUCGUUUGCUUAGACUUGGGGCAAGCUUUCCUUUUGGAGGCUCGUCUACUAGCUGUCCCCAUUUCAACCCAAAAAUUCUCCGGGUGCAGCUGGCUGGCUCUUCGAACUUCUCAGGUAGUUUGGAGCCUUGAGUGUACACCAUUGGUAAUUUCUAUGAAGGGCUAACCUCAGUGUGUCCUGCCACACUGACCUCAUGUCCACUCUGGGCACUGGUGGUUUGAGAACUAGGUUGUAGUCAUGGUCUUGGGUUUCAAUGAAGCAAAGUUCUAAUUUAUCUUGAGAUUCCAGGGGUUUACUCCAUGGACCAAUGAGCAAGUAUCUUCUGUCCACUAAGAUGAGGACCUACAAUCUUGCAGUUCCAAGCUGCCACUGGUGCCUUGGCCCAUCCCUUCCUGAUUACACAAGGCCUAAAGCUUCCCCAAGGCACAGACACCCCAUAUGCCCACAGGACACUCUCUCCUCUUCUUCCCUAUCCCUGAUGGUCAUGGUCAGUUCUUCCCCCAAGAGGAGAGCUGAGUAAGUGGACUGUAGUGCCCCAAGCUCAGCACAUACCCUCCUUACCCUUGACUGUGCCAACAUGAACCACAGUUUCCAGAGAGCAGAACCAGUCAGCUGAGCUUUCCAAAUACUCAGCUUCCUAGCCACCUAUCGAUAACCAAAUCCUGCAUUGGAAACAGUGUGAACGAGCCAGUUUCUGGCCCCCAUUUCUUGGAAACGUGUCUGUAAAUUAGUAGCUUAGCCUAGGCAUCAGGAAGGGCUUAGCAGCAACCUUGCCUUUGGUCACAUGGGCCCUCGUGUGCACCCUAAGAGGGGGUGGGGAGAAGCACAUCCAGGGGACAUGCAUUAUGGAAUCCAUGUCCCCCUCCUUUGGAGGGAGACUACAGAACCCCGUAUCUGUUGAUGCUAGCAUAUGCCAAACAAAGUCCUGGCAUGAGGUUAAAGCAAGGGGAGAGGGAAGAUAGCAAAUGAUAAUCCAGGCCUAGAGGCUGGAAAGGAAUUUCAACCUGUCACCAUAGACUAGCAUACAGACUCCCAGGGGGAAAGCAUUAAAUGUGAGCUCUAUGACCUUGGGCCGAUUAUUUAGCCUUCCUACUUACCAAUUUUCUGGCUUCCCAAAAGGCUUGUUUCAAUUUUAAAAUACUCAAGAUGCCUGAUUCAGAAACUGAACAUCCAGUAGAGCAAGGUAGAAUCUGGGAAUUACACAGAUGCAUGGGUAGACUGGCCAAUACCACAGGAAGGAGCACAUGACCUUGAAGAUGAGGAAAGACUUAGAGAAGACAGCUUCCCAGCUGAGCCUUCCACUGGAUUCCAUCACAGUACCACAGCCUACAGCCUCUCAGUGCCAUGAAGUCCACCUUUCACCCAGUGUCCUUUGGGAGACAGUAAGGAUGACUAAGUUGGAUUCCACUUUCUUGCUGCCAUCUCCGGUGGCCAGGAGCAGCAGCAGCAGCAGCAGCAGCAGGAGCAGCAGCAUCGACAGCGCAGAGAUGAGCCUUCAGACACCCACUGCCAUAAGUAGGAGUACCCGAGGCCAUUAGGCAGAGGAAAGGCAAGGGGGGUGGUGUGCUUGAGGUCAAUUUUUACCCAGAAAGAAGUUCCAGGAACCCUAGCAAGGAAAAAAGGGAGCAGAGAUCAUGUCCCUACACCAAUGGCAGACAGACAGACUUCCAGACAGUCAAGGCUACAGUGGUGGAGGCAAAAGACAUGAGAGGAGGCCCAGGGGAAGAGUGGGCACGUGGCUGUUUUCUAUCCCAGGAGGCUGCUGGCGGUUUCCCUUGCAGACAGAGGACCUUUCUGCAAGAGCCUGGUGUUUGUCCCUUGCUGCUCAUGCUGAAGCUAGAUGUGGACACGUAACUGGUGAUAUAGAAAGCGGUAGCAACCAUUUACUUACCACCUACAGAGAUGGAAGUGCCACUUGAGGAGGUACAGCUAAGCACUGGGAUUUGGAAACCAUGAAGGCUAAACCUGCAGCUUGAGGAAGCAGAAGGAGAACCAAGAACCCCAUUUACAUCAGCAAACUACAGAUGUGGGUCACCAUGCCACACUCCCACUGCCACCAGCCAGCUGAGAGGUCCUUGUGCAGACAGCCAUCUUAAUUCUGGUCCCUGGUCUCUCUAGCUUAUCACCACGGGCUUAGACAGUGGAGACAAAGACUUGGAGCCUGUGGGACCCACCAGCAUGGCCAGUAGACUCUUCUGUUCCAGCCUAGCCUUAGAGCUAGGCAAAGACAGUCAAUAGUGAGGGCUCUGCACUCUGUCCCCACAUCCACUUUCCUGCCACAGUCUAAGUACCCAUGCCAACCAGGAGUGUGGCUUCCAGCUAGAGUCAGAAACAGAGAAGAUUUUCAGGGCUAGCAAGUAUGUUGAGGUAAAUUAAAGGCCACUGUGUUUGGUCAGCAGCAGCACCUUCCUGGUUUUCCAGUGGCCCGUGGAAUUCUUAGGGCUUCGGAUGGCCAGUAACUUCCAUUUUCUUAGCCAGAAUCUCAGAAUGGAGUAAUAACGAUUUUCAGUCCUUAGUUGUGUGGACACGCGUGGACAACUAUCUGUCUUCAAUAAUCUUCAUUUGGUGCUAUUUGUGGCUAACUGGAUGGAUGUAAUAGGUCCUCCCUUCUUCCCUACUCCCUCUCUCUUCCUUUCUUCCCUUUUACCCCUUCCUUCCUUUCCUUUUCUUUCUUAAUCCACUAACACUAAGUAAUCAUAACAUGAAGAUCUCCAUGUCCCAUUUUAAACAGGGCUUGUCUUCCGGUGUCUGAGACCCUCCCAUUUUUAUUUCAGAAUCAGAAAUGUUGUUCCUUUUCUAUUAGUCAUUGAAAAGAACAGUGUCAGGCUCUUAGCUCCUCUGUCCCAUUGAGCUGGGGUUGACAGAUGUACAUGGGAUGAGACCUUUUGACUCAAAGGCUUGCUAAAAAUUGAACAGCCUGUCUGUGCCCCCACCAUGGUGAGGUCAGGGCCAUCACAACACACGAUUUAACUUCUUGAAACCCGUGGUGCCUUUUCUCGUGGUGCUUCUCUGUCGUGUAACUCCACUCCAGGUGGCCACUUGCAGCAAACAGCAGUACCAGGGCUCCUCCCCGGUCUUCCAUUCCACUGCGGUCAGAGACGUGAACGUAUAUGUGUGUCAGUCACCAUGGCUCUAGAUGUACCACGGUGGUUCUGUAAUUCUAUCAUUGAGGUUCUAAUGCAGCUUUGGUGGGAAUUGAUCAUUCCUCUACAAAAAAAAUAUAAUGCUCCACAAGACCCACUGGCUCUCUGGAGAGUAAUGACCUUGGGGAUUGACAUCAAGAGAUGAGCUGAGCUGUCCUCCUAUCCCUGGGAUGAGCUCUCUUGGUUUGUGAAAGUUGCUGUCUCCAUAGCACAGAGUGUUUGGUAAAGGAGCACAAGGCAGCUUCUUUUAAACUUCCUUUGGUGCUGAUAUUUAAAAAAAAAAAAUUCUUUGUUCAUUUUGCUUCCUUGCUCAUGGCCAGAAGCUGCUUUUCCAAAAAAAUAAAAAAGGAAAAAUCUCAACUCACCAUCACAGUUGACAAAGAUGGUUUAGGAGUGAGAGGUGAGAGGUCAGGCAUUCCUGAUUUGUGUCCAAACUCAAGACAGUUUCUUCAGUAACCUGCUGAGGUCUCUCAGACUCAGUUUCCCCAUCUAAAAUGUCUCCCAUACUAUUUCCCAUACCUCCUGGGGAAGGGUUUCCCAUAGGACUGGCAGUUGGGGCAGAGUCAAGGAAUGAGUCAUUUGGAGACAGCAGCUUGACCUGCUUCUGAGAUUCUGUGUGGAUCACUGCGACUUUACCCCCGCUCCGCUUCCGCCAGCACUGUUUCAUCCCCUCCCUCCAGGAAUACCUUCGGAUAUUGUGUAACUGACAGAGAUUCUCUAGGCCGUUAGGGAGUGCUAAUUUCUCCCAAGGGAACAUCACCAGUGCUGUUUAAGGUGCUAGAAUCAAACCUCAUUUUAUACACUUUGGUUCUUAGAGAAAAACAAAACAUGUAGAAUUCUUUCUGUGAGGCCUUAUAAUAGAUUGUUGUAGCUGGUUGUUUAUCCAAAAAGCAAGAGAGAAUAGAAAACACAACUAAGAUGCGGAGAUUCUGCAUAAAUCGUAACUAAAAGGUCUUUAUUUCCUAUAUUAAUAUGUAUACACCAUAUAUGUAUACAUGUGUGUGCAUAUAUAGCUACAUAUGCUGAAGGCAUACAGCAAGAGUAGAAACCUGUACAGUAUUCUAAGCUCUAUUUUCAGUUUUCCCUUUGUUUGUGAUUUUUGGUAUGUGUGUGCAAGGGAGUCCGGUGAGGAUUGGAUGACAGGUACGGAAUGUGAAACAGAUGAAUCCUUCAUCUUUUGUUCUGUUCCAUACCAUGUAGGAGGCAGGCUGAGGGAGAGGAGAGAUACAUACAGCAAGAUGUAAAUAUGCUUUCUCAUGUUCUGCACAUGGAUAUUACACUGGUGUGUGGUUUCUUCCCUAUGUGAAGACUUACUGAUGGCUGCCUAAGGUGUUCACAUAAGGUUUACCUCAAGAAAGCUUUUUUAAAAAAAAAAAGGCAGUUUUUUUUCUCUCUCAUCUCUUAAAAAAUAGUGACUCUCCCCGAACCAAAAUGUGAGGCAUUGCCAUAGAGAGAUCAAUAAGAGAAUCAACCACGUCUGGUGCUUUCCUUCAUGCCUUGUCCCGUCUCCUCUUUUAACUGCUACUGGAAGCAAAAAUCUUAGAUAUUACUUUGGACAAGAAGUGGUGUGGGGAUGCAGGCAUGGUGUACUGGUGAAUCCAAACUUCACCGGAACAGGCGGCAAGGGGUCUUUCAAAGGGUAGGGUUGGCUUGCAUGGUUUUGGUGUUAAUGCUGGUGUGUGUGUGUGUGUGUGUGUGUGUGUGUGUGUGUGUGUGUGUGUGUGUGUGUACUAUAUAUAUGUUUCUGUGUAUGAUGUGUCUGAUGGACAGAGAACAAAAUACUGCAAACAGAAAUGAACAGAAAAAAAACAACCCAAUCUAUCAGAUGCUAUUUCUCAGAUGAUGUACUCGUUCACCUUGGUGAGAAACCAGUCUCACAGCUAUGCAAUCUUCCCGCUCCCUCCACCCCCUUCACCUCAGAUUCUCAGCUGUUCUCCAUAUCCCUCACAGGCUGUUUUUUUUUUCCUUUAUCCAAGAACCACAAUGACCAAGCUCUGGUUCAAGGUGAGCAUGCUACAGUGAUUCUUUGCCUAAAUUUAAGCGCUAACAACCACAACGAAAGUUUCCUUUGCUUUCAUUUGAAAUGAUUCGAUGAUGUACUGAUCCCAUUUGGUUCUGUAAGUGAUCUGAUGUGUAUUGUGUGUUUUUGUGUUUACAAUUUGUUUUCAUCCUCUUUUUGGUUCAAAAUACUUAUUUCCUUUAGAGAUUCGACUUUCAUGGUAUAUGUUUUGGGGAUGUGUUGACUUAAUGCAAGAAAACAAAUUUGGCUUAAGUGGAACAAUGGGCCUGUGAUCUCUGAGGUCGAGGGGAGGGUGGAGGAUGGCAUGCACCUGUAGCUAUUACUGUCGCCCUUCCAACCUGCUCCUGAAUCAGACUGUAGCUGUGAGCUGGUGUGCUCUGGGGAGCAUGUUUCUCUCCUUUUUUGUGGUCAUCUAUAUGGAGUAACCUGUCCCCAGAGGGCCAAGUCAGACCUUCCACCUUAGCUUUUAGCCAGUUUUAUCUUUCCCGGAUAGUCCCUAGUCUACAUUUCCUACCCAGUGACAAACCUCCUUUUCUCUCCUUUCUAAUACCCCUCCCUCUGCCAACAUGGACAUCGACUUGCCUGAGUAGGGCCAAUGCCUCUGUUUUCAUUUUGAAGCUAGUUUAAGUACAAGUAGGACUCUUCAAGGGCCAGAAAACAUGAUUGCUCAGGAAGCCAGCACUGUGUGUAGCGUGGUAUGGGGUGGAGUGAGAUGAUGAGUAUGGCAGCUUCCAGCUCAUUGACAGUGUCCCGUGAUGCCAAUUCCAGUGAACUGGCACAGCUUCACAAGGUCUUGAAAAGUAUUUAUGGGGAAGAAGAGAGGUCUUGGGGGUCUAUAAAGCACAACCUAGGCAGGGAAAUUCCUGCAGGCAGAAGGCAGCUCCUCCCCUUUUUAGGCUGAGAAUGCACAAGUCUGAGUUUUGUUCAUGGUUUACAAAUCUAGCACAAGGUGGCUGAGCCAUCCAAGACAGUUUUUAACACACAAAUUCAGACACUGCCUAACUGCUCUAGCACAAGCUGCUCCUUCUCCCUGGUUGGUGGGAGCAUAGAGUGAGUUCCUUUGAGAUGAAGAAGGAGAUCAUUGCUUCCAUGAGAGCAGCACAGUCUUUAGCACCAACCCUCCCCCGUCAGCUCCCUGUUCUCUUAGCUAACGGGAUGUUUGAGACCUAUCCCAGGAACUUCCUCUUUUUCCCCUAAAUGAGGUCCCCCUUUGGAGGUUGUUUUCUGAAGACUUUGAGGCCCAUCUAUACAAGCACCCCCUCCCAGAAAUCUUUCCUAGAAACUAAGCCAUCUUUGAGGUUCAGAAAAUCAUAGCAGCUUCAGUUCUAAAACACACAAAAUUCCCCAACAACUGGCUCUUGCUAAGAAGUGGUUAAGGAGCUAGGGCCCUGUCUGUGACCCCUUCCUCUCUAGACCAAUGCCAUCCAUGUUCAGGCCCAGAGAUGGCCCCAGAUCCAUUGUUUCCAGGUCUUCCAAAAGACACACAUUUGGUUCAAAAUGAAGAGGAGCCAUGAGCGAGAAGUAUGUUGAUCCUUUGCUCUUUAUGGCAAAUCAGACUUCUCAGACUUCUUUGGGGCUGUGUCAAUCUGUGACUCUGGGAAGGGACACAUGCCUCUGAGGUCUGUGAUGGUAGUGAUUCUCAGGGACUAUGCCUGUGGGUACUGACUGUUCAUGACUAACCCCGUUUUCCCAGAGAAUGCCUGUCAGAGUGGGCAUGCCCUGCUGUAGUGUAUGGGCUAAUCCUUGGCAGAAGUCCUUAGUAUUUGUUGCCACUUAAGACAGUGUAGCACAUGUAUAUGCCAAAAUGCCCAGGCUGGAGAAGCUUGUAAGGCUCAGAGUGUUCCCUGGCUGGCUACUCAGAGGAUGGAAGAUAGUCAGGGGACUGCCAAGUUCUCACGAUCUCUGUGGGCCCAGGAGUCACACUGUCAGAGUAAGUCCCACAAGGACCUCGUGAUGGUGUUAACGGGGCCAAAUUAGAAGGACAGGAGAUGUUGACUAGGAACAAGCCAAACAGGGGACUCGUGCUGGCCUCUCACCCAGCUUGCCCUACCAAAAUCUUGCAAGGCCAAAAAUCUCACUCCAUUUUACAGGCCAUGAGACAAAGGCUCAUGAUGCCUUGUACAGGGUUCUGAGGUCAGUCAGGAGUACAGCUGAGGGCCUAAAUCACUGGUUCCAGUCUGCCUCUGGGGUUUACUCCUUUUCAGGCUCUCUCCAUCUCAUUUCUUCUUUCCAAAGCUUACAAUGAUCAGGUGUCUCACAGUGCCUGGCAGAGACUAUUUGAGAUGGAUACCAAGAACCCGGCAUUUUGUUUCCAUCCAACAAAUACAGCGGAGGGACUCAGCAAAGAAUAUGAGAAGGUGGCAGGCUGAGGUGGUGAUGAGCAUAGGACUGGGAGCCUUGUCUGCUCCUGUCCCUACAUUCCUAGGCAUGUUGUUUGCCUCCUGUGCACCUCUGUGUUCCCAUUUCUAAAAUGCAGAGGCAAGGCUGCAGCCUCUGAGCCACGCCACCCAGAAACACUACACAGUACGAUGAACAAGUGCGGUGGUGGGGAGUCAAAUCAUGAUCCGAUGUGUUCAGACCUGGGCAGGCCAACCAUGCUGCAAACAUACACAAGGGAAGAGAAGGUGCAGCAAAGGAUGGGGAGUUUGAGCAAGAGCAAGCAGAGAGGGAGCGUGGGCGUGUGGGGUAGAUGAGGGGCCUAAAGGAUGGAGAAGAGAAGACUGAUGUGCUCUGCUGACCCUAUCAGUCCCUACCUUCAUGUGUAACAGCAGCUCUCCCAGCUUAUUGCCUGCUAGCACUCCAACUCAGUGCACCUGCCUGAACACACAAUACUAACUCUGUACUCAUCACAGAAGUGGCCAUCACGAAAGCCCUUCCAUUCCAUGUGCAGAGCCGGGUAUCAUUGGACAGGGCACAAUAGGAUCUCAGGGUGUGAAGAAGACAUCAUCUUAUCUCUCCUUUGUUCCCCAGAGGGCACCAUGAAAUCAGAUAGUCCUCCUUCAGAACUGUUCCAAUGUUGCCUACUAUAGCCCAGCUGUUUCCCUUUGAGUCUCCCAGAGGGCAGAGACCCAGUAUUUGGAACCCUUAGAAGUGCCCUUGGUCUUGCCUGGUCUAGGAAUUUCUGAAGACAUGAUUGGGAAUUCCAAACUCACUUGGCCAUAUUCUCUGAGAAUCAAGUGCUCUGACAGACAGUCUCAUACCCUGAGCCAGGCUGGAGAAAUUGUCUGGCUUCAUAGUGGCUUCUGUUUACACAUGAAUUGAUUUCAGUUCCUCUCUUACCUAUCCCAAUGUUUGAUUCUCAAAGUUCAAAGGCGAGUCUUCCCUGGUAUGGGCCCAGAAGGGCUGGAGGAGGCCCUGGGUCCCACCUGGACAGAGAUAAAUGACCAUAGCAUCUCCAAAGCUUUGAGAACCUUGAGAUCUUGUCUUCUGCCUCAAACCAAUCCUCUUGAUGCACUUUCUAAACAUACAGCUCAACCUGGUUUAUGUUGUCCAUGGACCAGGUAUUGUACUCAGGAGACCAUGGUCUCCUGGGGUGCUUACAAUCCCCAGGGCAAUGAAGCACAAACACAAGAGCCAACCCUGGCAAACUCUAGCCUCUCACCCUCACACUUCUCCAGGGUCCUCCCUGAACAUAUCAGGUGGCCUUCCAUCCCUCUUCCAUUGUCCCCCAAAUUACUAGGCAUUCCACCGGGACCUCUCAGCCUUCCCUCAGGCCCAAGGCUACCCUGGCCUGUAGCUUUCUCCAGUAUUUAUUAAUAGAGCAAAUUUCAUCCAAAGCAGGAUCUAGUCACAAGUGGAAACAUGAAUUAAAAUAUCCACUGAAGUCUGGCUCAGUGGGAGCCCCAUAGAUAGACUGGAGCCCCACUCCUCCUUCUACACCAUUUGCUCUAAGUCUGUAGAGCUUUCGGCUCACAUACAACAUAGUUAACAGUUUCUUUGCCAUCUGCAUAGGUCUGAGCUGACCUUCCCUGGUGAGCUGUUGUCAUGGUUCACCCAGCCUGGGGUCCUCCUCUCCUGUUCCUUCCUCCUGUCCGUGCUCCUAUCAUUUGGGACACAGACAUGAGUACACAGAGGAGCUGUUCUCUGUAGUCACCACCACCACCACCACCACAGGCAGUGACAAAGCAAGCUGGAGAUGUCCUUCUGGGUAGCCCAUUAGCCUCCCCAUCGGAAGGACUGUUAAUUGAAAUGAUGAGGGGAAAGGGAUGUCUUGGGAUGCCAACUGGCAGGUACCUCAUGCUUCUUUUGAGAGCAGUUGAUCCCAGAAAGAAGCUGUGUUCAUUACAGCUGAUGUACUAAGGGUCCCAAAGACCAGCAGUCAGUCCUUUUCUUAGGGGCUACUACUACUGUGCAGAUGCUCCAGGGAAUUAAAACCUUCUGACAUGCUCACCACCAACUCCUAACUAGUGAGCUCCUGGGUCCCACGUGGCAAGAUUACACAGAAUAACCCUACAGGACAGGUUACUCCUCAUUAGAUAAGUUAAAACUCCUUCCAUGGUGAGAGUAGAGAGCACAAAAACGAAAUAACAAACAAAAAUACAUUUUUUCUUAAUUUUACCAGGGUUUGCAAUUGUACACAUUUGAUACCCUGACUUAAAAAACAAUGUUCUUUUUUCCAUUUUGAAGCAGGUGUUUUUAUUGGGACUUAUUUUAGGGUCAGAGAUCACUGGGCUUCUGCUGGCCUGGUGAAAAGGCAGACAUUGGUGGCCACAGUAUUAAGCCAAAUUUAAAAUCUUUAGUCGCCUCCAUCUGUAAGUGUUCUGUAUCUACCUCAUUAUGAUUCCUUUGGUUUUCUGUGCUUUCGUGUUGUGUACAAUGUCAGAGGUGAAAUGUAGAUAAAAAUAUAUAUAUAUAUAUAAAAUAUAUAUUUUUUGCUUUGCAAUAAAGUUCAAAGCUAUAACACAGAAUAUUCAUGAAAUGUCAUAGCCUUUUCUUGUACUCUAUGCUCUUAGUUGUGAACUGUCCUCGGGAGCCCUUUUGCCUAUUCACUAGAGUCAAUAUUGUUAUGUUGGCCAUUUGAUAAGUUAUUCUACUUAUUUUCACUGUACUUUUUUUUUGACACAUUGAAUAAGACACUAGGAUUCUUGAACAAUUCUUGGUUUCAAAGGUGCUUUAUUUCUGUGGACGCAAGUGACCAAAUGUUAAUCUCUCUACAGAUGAAUCUUCUAGAUGACAGGAUUCAUCUUGAUGCCACUGUUCUUUGGGUUUAGAACUAAAGGUUUGUGCAUAGAGGGGAAGGAAACAUUGGUUUGGCUUUGUUUCUGGUUUUGAAACCUUUUCUGUUGAUUUAUGUCCGGCAUAGUUUCCACUCCGUGGCAUGGAGCGCAGUGUGCCCUGACUCCCUGGCUUUGCUGUCCAACUGGACUGCUCUCCUUGUUGACGCUGCUGCUUUCUCUAGGUUGAUGUCGUGUUGUACUAUUUGGAGGUGAACUACUGUACCCAGCCUCCACCUCUUCUCUAAACCUUCUGGAACUCUCUUCCAUACCAAGGUGUUAUGAGGAAUGGUGCUUUGGAACCGUUCACAGUGUACAAGCCAGCGGUACCUAAAAACUCACGUUUCCCAAGAGAGUCCAGAUGGAUGACAGGACAGGUUCAUGGGAUCCUGAAUAGAAGGUGGACUGUCUUCAAUUUAUCCUGUUUAUCCACGUGUUCGGACAAAAUUACCUUCAUUUCACUAAGCAUGUCUAUGUUGCAAGCCCUGAAUAAUUUGUACACUUCAAUGACACUUGCUUUCCCUGUGUCUUGGGCCAAAAUAUGUAUUUUUUUUCUCAAAGUAAUUCAAUGUGCUUGAAUGGGAUGAAGAAAGGUUUCAAAAUUAGGGUAAAAUAUCCUUAUAAAUAACACUUCUGCAAAACUCUAGACUUAUUAUCCUCCAGCUCUGAUGAGAUAGGGGAAAAGGGUAGUUGAAUGGGGGGAAAUGGUGACUUCCCUAUAAAUGCAUACAAUGCUACAAGGAAAUGAAACGCCUGUGAUUCAAUUUUAUAAAAGGUCUUUUUUCUUCAAUGAUCAUAAAGAAUUGCUUUGUAUGUAUCAAUGGUUGACAUUUCAACUUGUAUUUGAGGGAGGUUUGUUUUGCUCUUUAACAAUGCUGGGCUGGCAUUGAAAACAACCAUGGCUAGGUUACACUCUACUCAUACCUAGCUGUUUCUCGUUUUAUGGUAUAAUGGUCUGUCCAUGAGUUGAAAUGCAGAUAAAGUGUAUAUUGAAGAUGGGACACACUGGUGUUGACUUGGAGGGAAAACAUAACGAUAAAUAUAUUUACAUAUGUGUGUGUAUAUGUGUGUAACUAAGAGUGGGAAUACAUCACACACACACACACACACACACACACACACACACACACACACACACACACACAAACACGUACGAGUACUACAGCCACGCACUUCCAAAGUUGGGUUUUGAUUCUGAGGAAUUUGCCACCUCACUGAGCUUUCUAAGAUUGUAAGAUUUCAUUGGAAAUAAUUAAAUGAUAGAGAAAUGUUUGCUAGAAAAAUUCUUCCUUUCUCCUUACCUUCCUUCAGCAAUAGAAAGCACAAUUCCUAUUAUCACUUACCCUUUUGGUUCCAUAGCUAUGGUAUAGUCCAAGGAGGAAACUGGAAUUCGUUCCUUACCUCUACCCUCUACCCCUCAUUUCACUCAACACCAACAGAAAGCAGAGCUACCUACCUAUACCUGUCUCAUCUUUCCUUGUGUCUCUGUUUCUUAAGUUUUUCCAUGGGUAGGUAGGUCUUCAUUCCUGGAGAGCCUGCCAGAGUUUGAAUACCGGGCUCCCUUUUCUUUCCGUGCAGGUUCUGGGCCACCCUCACCCUUGGAGCUGUUCUCUCCAGAUGCCUACACAUACUGUACCAGGGCACAGACAGUAGGAAGUCAAAGCCACUAGUAGGGCCCUCCUGCAUCUGGUAGAGACAGUGUGUGUCUUAGUGUUAAAGAGCACAAGGUUCAGAAUGUGUUUUUUGUUUGUUUGUUUUUGUUUUUUUGGAGGAAGGUCCAAUGGUCUUGGGUGACUCUAAUGGUCAACCAAGGAGAGGAUAUGGAUGGGACGUCUGAAAGGUCAGCCAGCUUUGCCCAUGCAGUGACCUCUCUGCUUCCUCAUGGCAUGCUUCUUGGUGAGAGAAAUUCCCAAGUCAGAGAAGCUUGGGAGUGAGGAAAAAUGAUCAGCAUUAGCUCACUGUGAAUGGCCUCUUUUGUCUAGACAGCUGAUUUCUGCAGGGUGGGCUGGUCCUUCUCUGGUCUGUCCACUGUUAGAUUUGUUUGCAGGGGAGUUUCUGGUGAUGUUUUCUCAUUAUUUAUAAUUUGGAUGAUCACUGCUCCCUGGAAAGGGAGAAGACACUGUCUCAAGAAGAAACCAUUCCAGAAAGAGAUGCUUUUCUUCCUGGUUUGCUAGUUGCUCUUGCUAACUCACUCCUGACCGCUCCAUCCAUUGCUGAUUUCUGUGUUCCCUACUUUUAGAUAAGAAUAACAUCUAGGCCUAAGGGACUUGUAGAUCACUGAACCAUGAACAGCAGGUACAUUUCAACACCAGUGACAAAUGAUGCCAAUAUUUCUUUACCCCGAAUUCAAGGUGCUGUAUAGCCACAGAAGAAACUCUAGACUUUGGGCUACUCAGACCACUGUGUUGGCCAUGCUCUGACCUUCCUUGCAAGGGCAGGUUGUCAGAUAAUGAAUCUAUUUUACCUCAUAGGACUUUCCUGCCAAAAUAAUAUUUCCACUGAAAAUUCAGCCAACUGACCAUCAAGAGUAUAUUCUGUAUCAAGCACAGAGCUAGAACUAUAGGGGACCUAAAUGUGAAACAUAUUUCAAAGAAAUUAAUAGAAGAGGUAAUAAUUGCACACAAAACGCUAUCACACUCUAGGAAACAGAACACAAGACAUGAGACGUGGGUGGUUGAAUAUACUUCCCUGCUUCCCUCAAUUAAUAAGAGAAAACCUUGACACAGGGUUAGGUGUUUUGAGAAAAACCCCCUUGCCUUUCCCACCUCACCUAUGAUCACAACCCCCUUCUUGGUUGAUGGAGUUCUUCACCUUCUGUUUCCUUCUGUUACCUAAAUGAACUGUGAAGGUCCACCCCUACAGUGAUAUCAUUUACCUGGAUCUGCAGAUAAAUAUUCCUGCACCAGCAGUAAUGGCUUAACUGAUGAAAUGUUGAGAUGGCCAAAAGAAGAGAUGAUCAUAAAACAUUCUUUGGGGCCUGACAGAUGGCAACAAAAUUAUUUCCCUUCCUUCUAAAGAUUUUUCUCCUGACAGAGUGCCUACAACAGAUUCUAAGAGAACCUACUUCAUUGAUCAGUUUCUUUGCAGACCUCCCCCAGGAGGCCAUUUUUGAAGGAUCACUCCACACAGCAGAGAAGGGAUCAGAGGAUUGAGUGGCACCACUGUUUUGGGAACCCAAACUUCUAAACAGAAACUGAACAGCAUCUAUUAGUCUAAAGGGCUGGGGUCUUGCUUUGCCUCAGGCACAGCUGGACUUGUCUCAUGCCUCCUAUCAGAACCAGCAGCCACUCUUUUGAGGCUAAAGGAAGAGAUUUCUUUUCCUGAGGAGAAGGGCUCCACUAGAUCCCUAAGUCCCUAAACAGUUAACUCAUUCUGCUUUCAACUCAGUCUCGUCACUUACUUACUCACACCAGGCAGACACCCCAAGCACUUGACCAGACCCAUCCCCAAGUCAUUCACAGUCUUCUGGAGGAAAUCUAGUUCAAAGGGACUGAGUACAGUGGUACAUUCUGGGGUUCAAAAGACAGGAAGACAUCUAACAUGACCGAGCUAAAAACCAGAGGAGAUGACAUGACAUUUCAUGAGGUCUGUGUUUCCCCUGCCUUCCUAAAGGACUGGUGAGCAUUCCCCAUGGGAGAUGGUACCUCCUAGACUAAGGAAUUAAGGACACUGAUUAGGAAAUGAACACAGUGUGCCUCAUCCUCUCCCCCUCUCCAUUCCCUGGAAAUCCCCUUUACUGAGUACUGACACAUUGUCUCUGUAGACCAUGUGUAGAGGAUUUGCAAAGCCUUGGAGAGCCCUUCACCACAGAAAUGCCCACUUAGGUAAAAUCUAUCAACCAAAAAAGAGACAAAAAGAGUGGAGAGUGAUAGCAUGUUUCUCUUUCUCUGAACAGAUUCUCCAAGAUAGAGGAUGGUUGGUUGCUUCCACCCAAAUCAUGCUAACAUUGAUCUUGAGACUGAAGAACAAGUCUCUCUAUUGCCUCAUCUCCAAGAGAGUGAGACUGUAAUAUAACUUCCUAGCUAUCAUUCUUGAUCAUCAUAUCUUCAUGUCCACAGACCACAGGCCUCCAUCCCGAGACUUAGGGACUCACCAAGUUCAUGUGAGUUUGUAUUCUAUGAGAAGGGUUAUAUAGGUUACUGAGAACAAGGGAGAAGAACAGUCUCUUAGAAAUGGCCAAAGAAGCAUGGAACACAAUAACAUAACACGAGGGUUGAACCAGCCUUGCAUUACGUAGCCAACUUUCAAAAGCUCCCUGUGAGAUCAGAAGCCAUAGGCCAGUCCCCAGCACUCUUUUGGGCCUACACCAAUUGCAACUAAUUCCUCCGAAAGUUUUCUUGUCUUUGCCACUCACUGUUCCAUUCUAUUGUCAUGGCAACUUCUGAGAUCUCUGCUGGAGUACUUGAUCAAAAGUCUUCAGAAGUCAGUGUGUAUCAUCAUCAUUGCAUUUAUCACUUAAAAGGUGUCUAUUUCCAAAAAAGUAUGUAUCUAUGUCCUAGUGAGCCCAUCAGGUCAACUGUAGGUGGUAUUUGAAAAGUCCUCACUGUUUAAUAGUGAUGAGACAUAGCAUUGUUCUUUCUUGAAACCUUCAACAAAGAGUUGUUGUUUCUACCUUAAUUUCCUGGUUUGAUUUGGCAAACUGGAGCAUGCAUGUCUGCUGGGCAUGUGCCGAGUGGUUUUGUCUAAGUGGACUGAGAAUAACUUGUAUGAAGAGAAAUCUGGAAUCUGGAGAGCUAUGCUGGGACAUCCUAAGCAUGGCUCCUGUCUAAGCAGAGUCCAGUCUCAUCACAGUCCCAGCACAGCAGGUGGAGCACUGGACUCAGCAUCAGCCUAAUGCACUAGCCCUGGCACAACUUCCUCUUCAGCAAAUGCAGACAACACUCUUUACUAUCCCUCGCUAGCCUAGAAUUCUGUUGUCAGUACACCCAGUCACCUAACAAGGAAGGCACAGGUCAGUUUCUCCCUUCCUAACUCCCCCUAAAGUUUGUAAGUGUAAGAAUCCAAGGCGAUCCUCUUGAAAUCAAUGACAAGCUGAGCAUGGUGGUGUAAUAGACACCCUGUCUCAAAACAAAACAAGGACAAACAUCUCCUAAACAAGUUAUAUUCUUCUUGAUUUCAAAGGAAAAGAAUGAAGCCCAAUGCUCAUUGCGCUAACAUGCCCAAAACACUGAUUUUUCUAGGAAAUACAAACAAACAAACAACAACAAAACACCUUUGCUUCUCCCAAUCCCUGUUUUAUUAAGGAUGUCAAAUGGUUUAAGUGUGAAAGAAGACCUGAGUGUUAUGGGUCCUAAGCUGGGAGUCAGCCAUAUUAGAUAAUUAGAAAUUAAUGAGCAAACCAAACAAUGCCAAGCACAAAGGAACCCCACAAAUCCUAUUGUCUUUUAAAAGCCACUUGGGGCCGGGCAGUGGUGGCGCACGCCUUUAAUCCCAGCACUCGGGAGGCAGAGCCAGGCGGAUCUCUGUGAGUUCGAGGCCAGUCUGGGCUACCAAGUGAGUUCCAGGAGAGGCGCAAAGCUACACAGAGAAACCCUGUCUCGAAAAACCAAAAAAAAAAAAAAAAAAAGCCACUUGGAGUGGAUGAGUGUGUCACUAGACAUGUGCUUUGCAUAUACAAAGUCAUAAAGCAUCAUUGAAUGGGAAGAUGAGAUGUGUUUAAGAGAAACAAAUGAGGCUGUCCAUGGCAUUUCCUGAAUGCCUGUUGUGUGCCUUGCCUCCAAUAACUAUGAAUUAAGUGGUUUCACACCCAAUAUGAGGAGUCUGGAGGUCAAAGAGCUGAUCUGCCUGAGGUCACAGAACUACAAUAAAGUAAGAAACCACCCUAGACUCUAGUGUCAGUUUGGUGAUAUGCAAACCACACCAAGAGUUAGUAAUGCAACAGCUACCUUGCUACUGUGCCAGUACCAAAAGUGUCAGUUCUUGAAGCAUCAUUCAUGGGAAUGUCUUUCAGAAAGGGACAACUCCAUAAUGGUGCCAAGAAUGACCCAUACAGACUUGCUUUGGGGUAUGAUUUUUAGCUUUUAGGUUGCAUUCCCUAUCAUCCCAUCCUCUAGUUUCAUUCUGUCCCUUUCCUCAUGGGAAUAUAUCUGUGAUCACAAAUCCUUAAAUGAUGCAUCAUUUGGAGAGAGGAGGCCUUGCUGUCUGUGCAGAACUCUGGGGAUUUAUUGAAGACUACAGUAUCUGUAAAAGCUAUUAAGGCAAACCAAUUUUUUAGAGUCCUCCAUUGGCAGGAAGAUCCAUGGUCAGCAAAGUAUAGACAUCAGCUGUCUGGGAGGGGCCAGUCACUCUAGAGGCACCCAAGGCAAUGUGCAAAGGACCACUCUGUGGGCUAUGGUGUGGCUCAGACUGGGCUGGAAGCACAGAACAUUUCCAAGGUGACUACUUUAGUACAGUAGGCUGUGGCCUGGUGACUAACUCUGGGAAAGCUAAGUCAGAGAAAUUCGGAGGUAGGUCACUUCUGGCCAAAGGGAGGAGUAGAAGCCCCCUUUUGCCAAAAUUAAGGAAUGUACUACAUGUUUUAGAGGCAGCCCAUGCUUCCUCCAAUGGCCAGAUUUUAAGCAAAUCACAGAGUACUGGACUCACAUCGCAAAUUCUCACUCAGUGUCAAGAUAGGGAGACUUCCUGAUGGUGCAGAGGGAUGGGGGCUUCUUUCUUUCCUUGGCUGUAAACAGGAGUAGAAGAUAUGCUCACUUACAUAGGUCACUAGGAGGAAGCCAAUAGAUCAUACUGACAGCCACAGUUCAGAGAUGGGACACAGUGCUCUUCACAUCCCACACAGGUCUAGCUAACCCUGUACCCAAAGCACCUCUUGUGCUAAAAUAGCCUCCUUUAAAUUCAGCCCCAAGGUUCACCAAACGGGGCAGUGUGGCUUUCUUAGAUUUGGACUCCAGGGGGCUUCAUGAAGAAGGCCAAAGACCAACAUGCAGGGUAUGUGGCUUCUGCAAGCUUCUGGCCUGCUGCUGUCUGUGCCCGGUGCCAAAUGUUUGCCCUUCCUCUUGGUCACAGAGAGGGUGACUCUCCAGUGGCUCAUUAACCUCCUAACACAACCCAUACUCCUGAUGCUGGAAGUCUCAAGAGGCAAGUCUUCCACAGGCUCCCAUGUUUCUCUUCAUGUCCCACCCAUGGACCUGGUCACGUCUUUUAGCCAGCUUCCUCUUUUCCAGUCUCUUGCCCCAAGGUGAGGCUCAGAAGGUGGGGCACCCAUGCUCAGACAUCCUUCUAGAUUCUUGACAUCUUUCUUCCUUUGGGUCCAUGAGACUCUGAGAGGCACUGUCUUCUUGGCAAUGGCCAUUCAUUUACCAAAUGGGGGCUUCUGGGCCCCCCACCACCCCCAACCUCUCUGCUUGCUUCUGUUGUUUUCUUUCUGUCCAGUAGGUGGCGUCACCCUCUCUCCCAACAGCCUGGACCAGCGACUGAAGCACAAAGCAAUCUGGCCCGGAGGCUCAGGCUAAAGCAUUGUGUUUUCUAAGUAUUAGGGAGAAAAGCUCAGUGACGCGGGGACUCCCUCAGGAUCCUCCACCCUUUAGCCCCAGUUGUCCAGUUAUGUUCUCAUGGGAAUUGUUAUCAGUUUCGAAUAAGUAGGCACCUCGUGCUGGCGAAUUGUGCAAACCACCACCCUUCUCUCGUUCCUAGCAUUGGAAGGGGCGGCCGCAGUGCCCUAUCUCUGUGAAGACCACCAUCUGUUUUUCUGAGUUGAUUUCGAUUGGUGCAUUCUCACUUAUCAGGGACCUCUGAUUCUAGAACAAAAUCAGCUACUUAUUCUAGUUACUGUAAGCAGACACAUAACUUUUACUGUAAUUUGAAAACCCUUGCACUGUAAUGGUAUUAAAAAAAAAAAAAAGAAGCAAAUCCUACUGAAACUGAUUUUGUAUUUUUGAUUACAUCUGGAUUUUCACAUUUUUGUAUCUAACCAUAACCACGGCAGAGCUUCCAUAGCUUGUGUUUAAGGCCUUGUUUUCUUUCCAGGUUGAAGUCUUACGAUUGUGUUGACAUCAAAAGUUUAAGGGGGCAGGAUUGGGGCCUGGCUAGCAGAACUUAUCAUGGAGGCACCCCUGCUCUGGUGCCAGGGAGACCUUGCCUAGAGGAGCAAGCCACAUCGCAUCCCAUUGUGUGAGUUCCCACAACAGCUCGCAUCUCCAGCAAAUCCAAGGCCAACGGUUUGGGCCCAACCUUUGCCAGGGACUCUCUCGACUGAGCGGCCCCCACUCCUGCAUUACUCAGCUUCCUGGGCAAGGGAGGACAUUUUUAAAAAUAUGAAACUUUUGGAAUUGAUUUGUGAUUAUUUUUUUUUCCCUUCCUGCUGGAAACGUGCUGGGCAAAAGACAGCAUGAUGUUAUCGCCACCUCCCUGCUUUUCCAAACCAAUAUACCUGUUGUUCUCUUUCGUUUCUUAGUGAGGAACAUUCUAGACACAGACCUAAAUAUGAACUCUUUGCCGCCUGUAUUUCGGGUUAGCAAUUCUCCCUGUGUAUUCUUAACUGUUGACACGUUUUCCUUCUUAGCAUUGCUUCUCAUUUUAUUUUUUUACUGAACAGCAACAAAUCCACAAAGGAACAAAUUAUCUCUUUUCCUCUCUCUCUCUCUCUCUCUCUCUCUCUCUCUCUCUCUCUCUCUCUCUCUCUCUGAUGUGUAAUGUUGUGUUGUCCAGAUUCUGUAUAAAAAUAUGUAUAUGAUGUAUCUGAUAUUUGGCAGCCACUGGCUGUUACUUUAACCAAUAUAAUUAACAAAAAUGCAUAAUGUUGGUGUUUGAUUUCUUUUACAAAAAAAAAAAACCAACAACCUAGUUAAGAUGUUGUGUAUUUUUGCAUGGUUAAAAUGUACUUAGUGCAUUAAGAAGUGUUGUGGAGGUGCACAGUGAACAGGCCAGUUUACUUUUUAAUCCUAAUGGUGACUGGUUGUCAACCAGACUUAGUCCCAAUGAUGUCUGUCUGCUUUCCUUUAGCAUAAUUCUAUUUAUAACUUGUGUUUAGUACUCAAGGUUCAACAUAGCAUAUCUAUCUAUCUCUAUUGUAUUUACUGUUCCUUAAAACCAGGUUGUGGAAGUUCACUCAUCAGGCACAGGUGUCUCCAUUGCUGAUUUCUGUUGAAUUACACCCCACUAAACAGUGGUACAGUCCAGCUCUAAAGCAACAGGCCCCGGAGGCGAGGGCGGGCAUUUCUCCUUUCAGAGAUCUCUCUCUCUCUCUGAGCAGUACUGUGGUUUUCCCUUGUCAUGGAACAUUCUUUUUUCAGUCCUAGUUAUAUAAAGGAGAAGAAAGGACAGGAAGGUAAGUGGGAGUCUAAGAAUUAUUUAUAUUUUAUACACAAGAGUACAUAUACUAUAUUGUAGAUAGGAAGGCAGUUGGGCAGUAAAUGUUGAGUUAGGCAGACAGGCAAUGGAGAUGUUGAAGGAUUCAGAAAGAGAGAUGCAAGGCUUUCCUGACUGCAAUGGCACCAGAGCCACAUGAAAGACUGCAGAAAAAAAAUCGGUGGCCUUGUUGUGCCUCAGUUUCUUCAUAUGUGACAUCAGGAGGGGUGGUGGCAGAAAGGGAGACAGGUGUCUUUUCCUGGGUCUUUAGUGCACAUAAAGCAAAUAUGGGUCCUGAGCUGCCUGUGAGACUGAACUGCUGUUUGCAGACAGAUCAUGAGACUCCCCCUCCUCAGGACACCUGGACUUGCUCAGGGGGAAGACAUAUAUUAAAGGGAUUAUUAUGUCAAGAUUUCCACAGGAAAUCUCUUCAGUGAGAUGGUUCCCACAUGGACUAGAUAAAGGGGAAUAGCUAGGAAUUAUCUCUGGUCAAAGGAGUUGAGUUCUUUCCCUAAAAUCCUAUCUUCUCUUUGCCAAGCCUGCAUCUGUGGGCUGGUUUAUUCCCUGGGUAUGCUAGCAGUUUGCUACCCUAUCUUUGCCCACCCUAGGCUCUGACAGACAACCCCUCCCCUUGCUGGGAUCUAACAUGUACAGCUGCUAUCAGCCGCUUUGUGUUGUUUUGUCCAGGAUCGGUGUUUCUCAGACACUUGUCUUGGAGCGGAUCGCUUCACCUCUCUGUAAACAGGCUGCUUCUUCCUUCCCAAGCUGAGGUCACAGUUAGGUUUCCAAGGUCCUGGAGCUUAUUGGCUUUGCAGAAAACCAUCUGUCCCAUGGCCAGCUGAAUCAAAAGAAGUUCUUGGCUGGCUCUGCCUUUGCCCUCUUCAGAGUUAAGAACUCAGAACGGACUUCACAGGCACUUCUUCCUCAGGGGCACCUACGUCCUCAGUGGUGUACGCGAGCAUCUGUCACACAUCAUUGUCAGCUGCUGGUGGGCAGUUUUCAGGAUGAACUGAGUGCAUUUCCUCCUUUUCCUUAGAGUCAAGGCUGGCUCCAGAGGGACCACAUGGCAGCAUUGUUCCUCUCUUGCAGGCUCUCUGUGGCCAGGAUUCAAGGGAAGUAGUACCAGGGUGCUGAUGUUGAUCUCCAGUCUCCACCAGGCUGUGAGGACAACAUUGAGUUGCUACUUUUCAGGAGGAGCAAGCUCACUCCCUCUGGGUACAAGGCUGCAGAAACCAGACCUUACUUUUGUCUGUUCCAGCUGACAUCUCUGGGACCUCAGACCCAGAACGCCAGAGAAGCCCCAAGAGCCCUGAGGACCCAGUAUCCUCCUUCCACAGAUGAGGCAAGCCAUGCCUAGAGAGAAGACAUAAUGAGCGGGGGAACUCAGCAGAACUGAUGGAGCCACUUGGUCCCUCUCUGACGUAGAAACCCCAGCUCACAGUGCUCCUUUACGUUUAUGAAAUUUGUGUGGUAUGUCCCCAACCACCAUGCUUGGCAUCCCUAAAUAUUUUCUGUGACCAUGGUUGAUGGGAACGCACUGUUCGAAUUCCACUUUCCCAGGCCUGCGUGAGCCAAGUGAGGGAGGUUAGCGUGUGGGAUAAGGAAUGAGCUGAUCUAGUCACCUGUGUUUUUAAGAGGCACUGAAUAGUAAUGAGGAUAGCAGUGGAUUCUCUACCUCGGUCCUGCCCUUCCUACUGUCCUGCUUGGGUAGGCUCUGGGUUUUCCUCAAUAAUCAUAGCAAUCUAGCUUUCCAUCUUGAACUCACCAUCCUGGAACCACCUGCACCCCCACCCCACCUGGAUGACUUCCUCAAGGUUGUUUCCAUUUCAGAGGCUUCCAUUCAUUCCAGAAAGAACAUUCUAUUUUUUUUUUUAAAUUAGUCUUUCUCAGGAAGUCAUGACCUUUGAUCCAAACAAGUCUUCACAUUGAUUUUUACAUCCUCUCUGUGUCUUCAUUACACAUCUCUCUGUCAACUUUUAUCUCCAUGGAACCACCAGAAGCCAUUGAGUAUUUCCUCAUGCAAACGGCAGUUUCAAGAACUUCUAUGGGUAUCAUUUUCCCAACAGUGACAGCAGCCUCGGGCCUUGUCUUCCUCUUUCAAGGAGCUUGGUAGUAUCAUUCUUAUGUGGCCAUUUUUGGUCUGGAGGACCCUUGAGAUUUGUCCCUAAAGCAUAAAGAUCAAAUCUAGAAUGUGCUUUUGUUUAAAUUUUUAGAACAGAGUCCACAGCCUGCUGCUGAGGCCCUUUGAUUUUUACUGUAUCAUCAUGGAUAAAGACCAUGAGGCCUGCCUCCUUGGCCUCAGCCUCCAGGUCUUAAAAGUCUUUUUUUUUUUUUUUCCUUUCUACAUGUAGAAAUGUUUUUGAUUCCAGUUAGAUUGGGGGCUGUUUCUUGAAAGAGAUCAAAUUUCUGAGUUGGAGAUUUUUAAAGGGCUUUAUACCUUUAAAGAAUAGCCCUUCACAGCCUACAUCCAAGAGGCCACUUCCUGUCCCUAACUAAUCAUCUGAAGAGAAGUCUGUGCCCUGGCCAAAGACCCAGAAAGGACCCUGGGCAUCCUUAGUGGUGUUUUCUGAGAUGUGCCUCAACCCCCUGCAAGGUGUGGGUCAGAUGUUAAGGUUCAGGGUUCUUCCUUGAAUUCUGUGGCUAUAGAACGCCCUCUUGUGGCUCUCUGGGAGAAAGGUGAAUCUACAUGGCCAGUAAGCCACAUAUCCAACUUGUUUCCUCAAGAAAAGGAGCUGCCAGCACUCCAAAUUAGGACCAUAAGCCCUAAAACUAAUGUGCUUGAUAUUGGUAAUAACAAUGAUCGUUAUUUUCUCUUUUAAAAAACUAGGUAACAUGAUAGACUUUGCAAACAUUCUUUCACACUCUCACGAUCCUAAAGAUGACUCUUCCCCACGCACCUUCUGACUUGUAAGCUUUUGUCAUCCUUGUCCAUGUGCACUCUUUGUAUUCAUAAAAAAAAAAACCCUCAACUUCUGUUUUGUCUGUUACAAUUUGCUUUCUGAGCUGUUAGAACAGCUCCUUUGUUCCUCGUAUUCUUAAACUCUUCCAAGAACAGGCAAGGCUGGUGACCACACUACUUAGCCAGUAGCUGAGGCCACACACCAGCCACUGCUCACAGCGGAACUCCAGCCCAGGGCUGCUGCUCCCCUAAGUUCUGCGGGCUCCUUAGAAGGCUAGCCUAGUGAAGCAACAAGGUGUUUGCCAUGAAUACUAUGUUCCUGAGGCUCAUUGGCGGGCAUUCUCAGGAGUGUUGCCUGCUUCUCAACAUGGUAAGAGCAAAGCCAGAGAACAGACAUCGAUUAAAGACUAUAAAGGUGACUGCAAUGUCCCAGUGGCUGUAGGAAGAUGGCUGGACUCUAGUUCUACAGAGUCCAUUCCCAGUGGCUUUGGGUAUUCUGUCAGGGAAAGGAAGGAGUAAGCUAGAUAACUUCUUAGAGGAUUUGGUUUGUACUGUGUAUCACUUAGAGGAUAGGUUUAAUCAUGCACUCAUGCAGGAUUAGACAAGUCAUCCACCAGUCCUCUUUAGCAAUGAUCACUUAACUUGCCAUCAAUCUUGUUUUGUCCAUAUCCCCAGAUCAUGCUUGUCACAUUUUUAUCACUGGCUUAUUCUUGUAAUUCUUACAGUCCUGUUACCUACCUUUCUUAGCGUCCCACCAGAGGGACUAGACAGGCCAUUAGUGUUUCCUCUUGCAAAUGUCUCAUCCCCACCAAGGUCCCUUAGAGGGCUCCUGAAUAAUUUGAGUCUAGCAUCUCCAAGCUGCUAUACCUGCAGGCCCCAGGCAUCUCAUAAAGAGCCUUUUCUGGCCUGCUAUCUCAUGCUGGAGGAUGGAGGGGAUUGAUCUAUCUGCUUUACCUAGGUCAUACUUGGUUCCUAUGCAGGGAUAGGUAGUUGUACCCUUUGGCAGAAACUGUUCCAGAUCCCCUUCUUCCCCGCUCCAGAGCCUCUGCAGUCAGACUACCCAGCCUCUCGACAGAAGUUAGCCCAGAAGAACAGGUAGCUGUUGGAGGUUACCUUUCCCAUAGCAUUGUAAGGCUUAUCUCCUUUGUCCAGAACAUGGAGGAAGAGAAUAGUCCUGCUCUCUUUAUCUUUUGCAUAUCUCCUUCUGGAUAGAUUCAAGUCACAUGAGCUUUUUUCUACUUCCCAGAAGCCAAGUGGGACUUCAUAGUUCCAUAGCCCUUGUAGCUAUCCUUCCAUCUGCUCAGGGGAGGGUGCCCUCUCUGGACCCCUGAAAUUCUUGCCCUCUCUCCAGCUGAGUGUAAGUCUUAUGGUGCAUGCAAGCAUCUGGCUUGGUUUUCCAGGUUGCAUGGUGUUCAAGGCCAAUGAGACGAACCAGCAAGAUGAGAGCCAGGGUCUUGACCUAACUUCUGCAUGAAUCUUGGUGCUUCCACCUGCCACUCACCAGAACAUGACCACAGGAAAGAGUUUGGAGAGUAGAAACUGCUUGAGUUGCCCAAGUCUUGGAUGAGCCUUUUUUUCCAGGGAGCCUCCUAAAGGGCAAGCCCUCUGCUAUUGCGUACUGUAAAUCUGUGCUCCAGGAGCUGAGGCUUGCCGGCUUGGGGAAAGGAGCUGAGGAGAGAGGGUCCCCUUCUCACCUUUUGUUUACCUUUGAUCUGGCUGAAUUUAGCUGUCCUUAACUUCUAGUUUGCUAAAGUCCUUAUUGCCUUAAUGACCACCUACCAAACAGUCAGAACCAGGCGAGAAGUCCCUCCCGUGGUAUACCUUGGAAGCCUGCCUGUCUCCCUGACGCUGCUGUGCCUGAAAGGCGACCACACUCCCUCUCCAAAGCCCAGGGCCCACCUCUCACUGACAGAGCAGUGUUCCCAGGCUGAGGACAAACCCAGGACUGCUCAGGCUGAGAGAGUCCCAGUGCCCACGGUGGCUACCACCAACCCUACUCCAUCCUUUGGUCUUCACUGCUUGAGAACUGGACUCCUCCCUGCCCUCCGCCUCUCGCCCAGAGACCCUUCACCCCAUCAUGCUCAGUGCUGUUCCUGAAGACCAUCUAGACUUUUCUGUUCUCUGGAACGUUCUACUCACCUUCAGCUGUAGCAUACCCCUUCAGCCUCUCCACCAAGCUCUUUAAGUGAAAGGCAGCGGCUGUCUUCCCUUGGACAAUAAUGAAUGUAUCUACUGUAAGUGCAGACCAUGUAGAGAAGUGGCUGGGUUCAGAAAAAAAAAGAGGAUUUUUGUAAAGCCUGUUUAUUUUUUUAAGUCAGUUUUGAGCAUUUCUAUUUUAUCACCCUUCACGUGGUUUUGGGGAACCCAAAUUGUAUCAAGGUCUCAUGCCAAAACAAGCCAACAGUUGUUUUCUUUACCUUUUUUCCUCCAUGCACCAUGAUUUCAAAGAUUGUUUUGGUGUCAUUUUAAAUGUUUUCUUGUGACAUGUACUGAUGAUAAAAGUCAUCUUGACAAAAAAAAAGAUUUAUACAUGAAUCAGAAAGUAUUUAUUUCAAUUUUGUACCUUUCCAUUUUAAUACAUUAUAAUGUAUUGACUCAACUGAGAUAAUAUAAACAGUUCAUUUUAAUAACA